CAGUGUUCAACAUUUUUUAGGAUUAUACGCGUGUUUAUUGCCCUAUAUAUAAUAGUAGACUAUUUAAAGUAGACACCUCGUACACUGCAUCACAAACGCAGUAUAUGCUGCAUUUAAUAUAACGUCUUAUUCAAAAAAGAUGUUAGGUCUUGUGUAUUUCGCAUCUCUGUUAGGAGCGCUACUAAUCUGCUUAGUCAACGUAGCAAGUGUUUUUAAAAGCACGAAGGGACCAAACGCAGCACAGUGUAUAUCUCUUAUACUUGCAUGUGCCACAGUGGCGAUAACAUGGAAGCACAUACUCGGAUUUAUGCUCAUAGAAGCUGACUUAGCCGAGUCAAGUACUUAUGAGAACUCGUACGACUACUUUUUCUCCCAAGACUUUGUCACAUGGCUGCUUACAUGGGACGUCGAAGACGUCACAGAUGGCAUAAAUACAAAGGCUACUGAUGAUGCUAAUAUACAUGUACAUACUAGUGAGUUUAAUGAUACGAGGGAUACUGACACGUUUGCUGAGAAUAUCUUCUUUGUGGCGUACAGAGAGGUCUCUCGUACGUGGUAUGGGUGGUUCCACUCUCAGAACUUGCUGAUGGCUGCGAUAGUGCUUACUGUAUUCGUAGGCGAACAGUCAUCAAUUUCUUUACAAACGAAAUCAACAUCUGAUGAGAACAGUACAGGCAGAAAGAAAGAGAAGAAUACGCAAACUACAACCACAUCUGAUGGUAACAAUAGUCGUGGAAACGAAAAGAAAGUAGUGUUAGGGGGUGUUGGAUCUAUAUACACUAUUCCGGGUUUUUCGAUGCUAGUGGUAGGGUAUCUCGGUGCUAUGAGUCUGUGCUUCUUCCUCUUGAUGUGCUUCCUCUUCACACGGAUGCCUUCUACGCAACGGUUGCUUAGCAACGCGGGCGGUGCGAUGGGUGCAAGUGGUGCUACGAAAUCAGACGACACGCAUGGGCAAGUCUCGCGCACGAAUGAUACGCACAAAUAUAACAAACACACUGAAGCGACAAGUGGAAUAGGACGGGAGGCGGUACCUCACACCAUCACCUUCAAAGAGAGUGUCAUGGGCGCACUCGCUCUCACGUGCUUUAUAUCUGCGGCAGCGAGUGUGUAUCUCUUCCCACAGACCUCCGAGACGCUCUCAGUAGAUGUACCCCAGGAUCACGUCUUCAGCAGCGUGCUCAGUUGGCAGGUAUUCACACUCACCACGUCACACUUUCGAGCCAAUCUGAUAUUUCUGCAUGUGAUUCUCUUGACGGGAUUCUUCUUCUCCCGGAGUCUGCCGGCUACAGACGACUCGCGCAAUAUCUUUAGAUGGUGCUAUUAUGCUCUCAGUGUCGCGGCGUUCUGUAUCCACGUGGACACGCUUUACCACAUCGAAAACUUGGUUCGUAGCAGAUAUCCAGAGAGCUUUGGCACUGAUACCGUGGGUCUUAUACAGGAUGCACUUCAGCGGUUACUGCAGGGACUGUGGCUAAAUGAUUGCCAAACCAGCAUUGGAAUGGAUGGUGUAUUUAUGAGCGUUGGUACGGUAAUGCUAAUCACCUAUGAGAAAGGCGUAUCGCCCGGAGCCAUGAGUGUAGUGUCGACUCUGAUCGGGGGUACAGGUUUCACACUCAGUAGAUACUUGGCGGAUAGAUCAGAAAGAAAAGUACGAUUAGAUGAACAUGUAUAA